AUGCAGUUCAAACACGUUGUCACAUUCGUUGCAUUCGUUCUUAUUGUGCAAGAAUGCAACACUCUAACGGUGAGCGACCUCUUUGGAAGACUCAAAGACCGCCAAAGAGAGCAAGACGCGAUUAUUGAAAAAGCACUUGAGCGUAACAUCGCCUCCGAUACUCCAUUAAUGGUAGAUAAAACAUAUGUUAGAUCAGUUGGAACAGUAGCAGGAAGACAAAUAAUUCCACGUCGUUGGACAUAUGGCGAAAAGAUCGACGCGAUCAGCGUAGACGAGGACGGAGUUGCGAUUCCAGUCCGCGCAAGACCAUCUCUCAGCAGCAUAUUAAACCGCCGAUUCGGAAACUAA